AUGUCUUCCCUCACCACACCGCUCACGCUCAUGGCCGCCGUGAAAGAGAUUGAGGAUGUCGCCAUCACCGCAGCAGAUAGAAAACUCAACUUACCGUUACGGGAUCUGGAGAAAGUCGCUCUUGAUAAGCUUCCCAUAAAACGAUCUGGCCGAAGUCGGAGGUCCAUUGGCAUUUCUACCUUGUGGUUCCUCCUGGUCAAGAUACCCAUCAUAGUGAUAGUUUUGCUCAUCACUAUCGCCUGGCUAUGUGUUCAGAGUCGGAAAAAGAAGGACCUGGCCAAGUGA